AUGAAUAUCAUGAAUGAAUCCUAAUUAAAUGAUUAAAGCGAUAAAGAUAAAGUUGAUGCUCUGAUGGGCACACUUUUAGGUUUAGGAUAGAGACAGUCUAUUGUUUCGUUAUUUAGUGAUUCAGCUAUAGUCCUUAAUUAGAAUCCUUAUAUAGGUGCAUAUACAAAUUUCUCACAACAAUCAUUAAGGACUAGCAUUCAGCAGCAUCCAGAUUAAUUGAAUAGAUUAACAAUUGAUAGAAAUACUGCAAGCAACUGGUUACCUUAAAUUCAAAACUCCACAACUACUCGAGAUAGCUUCUAUGAGUAUCUGCCCAAGCAGUUUAAUAGCAAUAAUAUGUCUUACAAUCCAUCACAGGUUUAUUAUGCAUCAGAUUUAAAAUAAAUAGAAAAAAUUUUAGUGGAUAAAGAUUACAAAUUAAAAGAGUUAUAUGUAGUGCAAGCAAUAAAUUAUUUAACCUUCUAAAUAGUCUACACAUAACAACUCCCCCUGCAAUUAAUUGUUUAUGUUUACCAAAAAUAUUACUCACCAGAAAAUAUAAAUACUAUGAUGAUGUUAGAAUAUAGAGUACCUUUGAAUCUUUCUAAUGGUAGAAGUGUAGAAUUAAGAAUAUUGUGCUUAUAAAAUGACACUUAUAAAGUGCAUUUCUAAAACUCUCCUUUUUUUAUGAAUCCAAGAAGAGUCUACUAAAAUAUUCCAAAUUACAUGUCUAGUUUAGUAAAUUAAUGUAAAGAGUAUUAUGCUGGUGAAAAAACCGUAAUUUUAAAUAGCAGUAAAAAUAUGCAUGGAAAAAAAUUAAUUUUUGGUUUAAAUAAACCAGAAUAAGAAGUUUAUGAAUCAGAAAGCGAUGAAUCUUGUGAUUCUGAUGGUUCAUUAGACUCUGAAGAAAAGUUAACAAAAAAAAAAAAAAUAGAUGAAACAGGUCGCUAUAUUACAACUGCUGCCAUAAAUUGUAACUAAGAAAAUUAAACUAAUUAGCAAAACGAUUAAGUCAAGCAAUUGAGUGAAACUGAAAAAUCAGAAUUUGCAAAUUUCAAGGAGAAUGUUAAUAAAUAUAUUGUUGAGAAAAUUUUGGAAAAAAUGAAUAUUUAGCUAAAGAUUACAGCUCUUUCAAAGGUAAUUACAGUUCCAAACUAAGAUAUAAAAAUUGUCAAUGCAGAUAAUCUGACUUUAAUUGCAAAAUAAGUUACUCUACAUCAAAAUGGGAAUGAUGAUACUGGUGAUUUAUAGCAAAUAGCAACUUACUCUCUUCUAGAUAGAGUACCUCAUCUUUCAGAAAUAUUUGAGCUUUACGUCAUCAAUUCUAUCUUUCAAAUUUAAAUAGAUGGAUAUUUAUAUAUAAUUUUCCUUGACACUAAUUGCUCUUAAAGUAUUCUUGAGUAGGAGUUUUAGACGAACGUAGAAACAAGCAACAUAGUUUAAAACUCUUUUGAUCACAUUCCUGGAAGUGCAACUGAAUUUGAUACCUUGCUUCAUGGAGGUGCUUCUCAGCUAAGAAGAAGUAUGAUGAUAUAAAACAAUUUAUUUACUAGUAAAUAAUUAAAUAGUUUCAUAUAAGACAAUGUAAACACUUAAACAGAAUUAGAUAAGAAUAAAAAAGUUAUUUAUUCUUAUAACAAACAAUUGAUAAGAUACCUCUUCAAUUAGCAAAUGGAAUCUGUUUACAAAAAUGUUUAAGACAUGGUACUCGAAAUAGAAAUAAAGGCUGAUGCCUCCCAUCUGAUAAUGAAUCAUAUUUGUAAAUCAAACAACGAGUUGUUUAAUUCUAUCUAAAAAAUAUUUAAUUGCAGUCCAUACAACUUCUUUUUAACUCUAGAUCUUGAUCUUAAACUAAAUUCGAUUAUUGUUUACAAUGGUACUAAUGAAAAUGAAAUUUAUGAUCACUUUGUGCUUAGUUAUGAACAAGAUGAAACCUUAGAAAAUCUAAAAUUGAGUAUAGAAAAAAUUAUAUUUUAGCAAUUUGGAUGCAGUAAAGGAUACUAUUAGCUCUUCGACUACAAAAGGAGCAAGCGAUUGGACACAUUAAUGAAUAAUAAUCCUCAAAAGCGAAUAAGCGAAAUUAAAGAUUUUAACUUUUCUAUUUUUAUGGAGGACAACUCAAUUUAAUUUCUCAUUGGAAAGGACUUUUUUUUGUAUUAAAAGCAGAGUUCUUUUGUUCAAAUGAGAGAAAUGGCUUAUAAUGCAUUAUCAUUCCAGCAAGAUUACAUACAUUAACUAAAAUCUUAAGAUGUAGAAAUAUAUGUCUUUGAUGAAACAAAGUCCACGAAUAAGUAUAACUGCAUUUCUUUUGAAGUAAAUGAGGCUAAUUUCGCUACAAUAAAGGAAAAUAAGUUCAUCAUGAGACUUAACAAGAUAUUUAUAAAUUUUGAAAAUCGUAAGUACUAGCUCUAUAUGUACAAAAGAUCUUAAAACAUUAUAAAGGAGAUCAAAAAAAAUGUGAUCGCUACAUGUCCUGAAGUGCUUUUUGUAGAUACUUCUAACAUGAUAUUUAGAUAUAACAUGUAUAAUUUCGAAGUAGGUGAAAAAAAGAUUGGAGAGAUAGAUUCUAUAUUUAUCUUAAAUCUAUAAAUCAACCUCGGUAUUUAUAAUAUUGAAUUUCCUCACAACUAUAACAGAAUCAGCAACUUAAUUUAGAGUGUCACAUGGGAAGAAGUGAGAGCCAGACUCUUCAAAUAAAAUGAUGAAAUAUUAGAUAUUGAAUACACAAAUGAAGAAUCUCAAGAGCUGAUAUUGCUUUACUUUAUUCAAAACUCUGAGCUCUUUGAAGAGUAAUUGCUAAGUGUUAGAAAGAUAAACAUCAAUUCUCAUAACAAAACAACAUUUGGUGAUUAUAUACUUUCAUUUGCACCUGUGUUUUUAUAAAAAACCUAACAAGUUUCCUAGCUUUAAAUAUAAUUAGAACUAAGCUCUUCAAUCAUAGAUAUUCACUAAUUAUAGCAAUCCUUAGAUGAAAUGGGUAAAAGCUUUAGCACAAUGAAGUAGUUAAAUAUAUAAAUAAUAAUUGCAGACCAGUACAAAAAUAAGAAGCUCUAGAAUUCUUGUACUUGCUAUCCUACUAGUAAACUGAUGAGAACUUUAAGCAAAUUUUAGAAUCUUAGUAUGCUGAAGCUAAGGCUUACAAGACAGUGGUACAUUGGUACAAAUAUGUUAAUUCAUGUAGCAGAGAACCCAUUUAUUUACUCAAUAGAUUUUGAUUGGUCUACCUAAGAAGAGCAAAAGUUAUGUAACUAAUUCGUGAAUUAAAUUAAUCCAGAUCUAAGAUAAGCAUUUUUAUUCUUGACUGCUUACAAAAAGCAUAUCAUGGAUUAUUUAAUCUACAUUAAAACUAUCUCACACCUAGAAUUGUACAUAGACGACUUUUAUGAGAAAUUUGAAUGA